AUGGCUACGCUCGCCAGGCACCUUAUCCUCUGCUCCUCGUCCCCCUCACAACGCCGGCGGCGGCCCCCGCCGCCCGACGCCACCGCAGGCACGGACAGGCAGCAGGCGCCGCCGCCGCCGCCGCAGUCCACCACGCGUCGGCUGGCGGUGGCCGCGUCCACGGCGCUGGCUGCCACGGCGGCGCUGUCCGCGCGCCGGCCCGCGCCGCCCCCGCCCGCGAUGGCCGCGGAGGCGGCCGCGGUGCCGACGACGACGCCCGGCGGGACCGUGCCGCGGUGGGGCACCAGGUCGUACGUGCGGGAGCGGUACUUCGAGCCGGAGCUGACCGCGGAGGAGGCGGCCGCGCGCAUCCGGCAGACAGCGGAGGGGAUGCGCACGCUGCGGCCCAUGCUGGAGACCAUGUCGUGGAAGUACGUGCUCUUCUACGUGCGCCUCAAGUCCAAGUACCUCGGCCUCGACCUCACCACCGCCAUGGCCGGCGUCCCCGUCGGCCGACGCGCUGACUACGUCCGCGUCGCGAACGAGCUCGUCGACAACAUGACGGAGUUCGAUCGCUUCGUGCGGACUCCCAAGGUCUACGAGUCCUACCUCUUCUACGAGAAGACGUUGAAGUCGCUGGAUGACGUGGCAGAAUUCCUCGCUUGA